AUUUGACCACGUGACUGGAGAGAUGGAGUCUGUCGCUGGAAGCAGCCAUCAUUUCACCCAAUACAAGCCUAUGCCAUAAAGACAGAGAGGAGAUAUAGGCAUGGAUUUGCACGGGAAUACCGACUGAAAGGAGCAUACUCGAUCCACUCCUUCGCCUAUGUUUUAUGGUUUCCGGUGAGCUUAACUAGCAGCUGCUUUGACCUGGUUUCCCAGCAACCACUGGCAUAAAAACAGCAGCCUUGGCCUCCUUAUUGGUGGAGGGGCAUAGGUGAAGGAGUGGACCCUGACUGCCCUCGAUCUGUUAUUUGCUUUGUUUUGUGACGAGGGGGAGUAAGGUGCUAAUAAGACCACCCAGAGCAUGGGGCAGAAGGUUCCGGGAGGCAUAAAGACUGUGGACAUGCGGGACCCGGCGUUUAGGCCUCUCAAGCUAGAGCUGCAGGCCCUAGACUACACCAAGCCCUCCCGCCUGGAUAUGUUGUUAGACAUGCCAUCAGCCUCACAGGAAGUCCAAGUUCAGCACUCGUGGAACAACGACGACCGGUCGCUAAACAUCUUUGUUAAAGAGGACAAUAAACUUAUAUUUCACCGGCACCCUGUAGCGCAGAGCACAGAUGCUAUCCGGGGCCGAGUGGGAUACACACGGGGACUACAUGUGUGGGAGAUCAGCUGGGCCAUGCGCCAGCGGGGCACCCAUGCAGUUGUUGGGGUGUCGAUGGGUGAAGCCCCGCUGCAUUCUGUAGGAUACACUGCACUUGUAGGAAACAAUAGCGAGUCCUGGGGCUGGGACCUGGGACGUAACAAACUCUAUCACGAUGGCAAGAACCAGCCCAGUAGGACGUAUCCAGCUUUUCUUGAGCCUGAUGAAACCUUUAUUGUCCCAGACUCGUUUUUGGUGGUCCUGGACAUGGAUGAGGGGACUUUAAGUUUUAUCGUCGAUGGACAGUAUUUAGGGGUUGCUUUCAGAGGACUCAAAGGAAAGAAGCUAUACCCUGUAGUGAGUGCUGUGUGGGGACACUGUGAAAUCCGAAUCCGGUACAUCAAUGGACUUGAUCCUGAACCUCUGCCAUUAAUGGACCUCUGUAGGCGCUCGGUGCGAGUCGCUUUGGGAAGAGAGCGACUGCGUGAAAUCAGUGGACUGCCCUUACCUGCUUCCCUUAAGAACUACUUGCUCUACCAAUGAUGAUAGUAGUGCCUUUACAACCAUUCAAGGCAUAGUGUCCGCCUCUGUUACUCUCUGGGAUUGAUCAGCUUUCUGGCAAGCCUGUUUCAUUACAUCUUCGUUUUGUUUUCGGUGCCAUUCUCGGUCACUGGGUAUGGUACCAACAAUAUUUUUUACAAAUCUCACUGAGGAUGUAUCAUGCUUGAUACUUUCAGGAUCAAGUGUGUUGUUGUUUUCUUGUUGCUUCGUUCGUAUACUGGAAAUCCAUCUGAAGGUUUUCGCCAGAAUCUAAUGGCAGAUACGAAAACAAGAACCCUCCUUCUCUCUAAUCACGGCUUAGUGAAACUUCAGCUAUUUGUCAAGGCCUUUUCCUUUUAUUUUUUUAAAUUUAUUUAUUUUUUAACUCCGUCCUCUUUUUUUAAAAAAAUGUUUUUUUUUAAAUGAGGUGUUGGCAUACAUUAAGCUUUCUUGUAUCAUGACAUUAACUUGAGGGUCCAUAUAGCGACUCUUUGCGGGCAAUGCAAAAUACAUUACCUUUUCAAGACCUUUAGGCUUAACAACCAGCAAGGUUUUAUGUUGAUAGACUUUUUUUUUUUUAAAUUUUUAUAUAUACGUUUUUCAAAUGUCCUUCCCAUUGCAGUCAGUAUAAUAAAGUAGCUGAGUCCGCUUCGGAUCCAUGGCCGCGGUUAGCAGGUUAGCAAGUUGACGACACCUAAGGGAAGGCGAUGUCUUCCCUUGCUUGCUCUUGGCAGGUUAAAAAUAGCCUGGUUUUAGCUGUAAAUCUGACCGUCUGGCCUGGAAAAACAGUCUUUGACGUCUGUGAGGGGGGGAGUUGAGAGGCUAGCAUUCAUGGAAACAACAACAGCUAGUGUGCUAUGCUAGCUUUUUUUAAUCACACAACGAGUCCCUCGCCUCUCUUCACACUGCAAUAUCUGAAGUGCCUGGCUCAUGAUAUUGGUAUAUUAAGAGAAAGCCAUGUUUUGUCCUUUUUAUAUUAAAUUAAAUAUUGCAUCACUGUGAAACUAUGUAGCAUACAUUAAUCAAUAAGAGGUUGCAUAGUGUGCUUUCUGUAAUGGCCCCUAAAAUCCUGUGAACACCCAUAUCUUACAAAUAAUUUUUGCCGGUUUUAUUCUUGAGGACUGUUUUUAACCUGUUGACGAUUUGUCGAGAAAAGCAGGGAUGGAAUAGUGACACUGCUGUGUGGUGCCUUGUCUAUGAGAUAACCAUGUCAAAAGUGACACACAGGCAAAUGUUGAUGUUUCUCUGCUCUGUUCUUUUAAAGUCUUGAUGCAGAGAACAUUGCCGAUUAUUGUUGAGUUUUUUUUCCUUUUUUCCCCCCCCAUUCUAGACUUUUAGAUGUGUAAACGUAGUUCAUGUUUGGCAGCCAUUUUGCUAAGCAUGAGGGGGAUAGUUUGGUUCCCUGUUUUUAAACCCUUUCUGCCUGCAGACCACCAUUCUCUUUGUAUUCAGUGAUGUAGAUAAUA